GACUGGGAGGAGACCCCAGGCGGUCGGGGGGUCGACGCUCCUCGGCACCAGGGUGCCUCCAUCUUGCACCGCAGACGACGAGGCGAUCUUGGACAAGCACAACCAAACCUUCGAGAUCUACACGAACUGGCACCGCCGUCCCACGGCCACCGGCGAGGGGAGAAGUCACCCGAGAGCUCCUCCGAGCGUCGAGCGAGAAGAGGGCAGCAGAUCCGCGACGAAGCUCCUCGGGAGCCGCACCAUCGGAGGAGGAGACCACCGCCUCGAUUUAACCCCGCAUCAGCCGCCAAGUCUUAACCCUCCCGAUCUCCCACUCCGUGCGCCGCCCCGCAUCCCCACUCCUCAACGAGCCUCCUUCCCCGCAUAUUCGCACGCUGCCGUCUGGAUCCGUCAUCGAUGAGACGGCGCACCGGCGAGCGGAUCUUGGCGAGGAAGGCGGCAGCGGUCGCGACGCGGUGGUGGCCUUCAUCUACUCCCAGAUCUCACGGGGAUUCAGAUCUCCAUCAGACCUUUGACCUUUCUCUAAUGGAUUAUGGUGAAUCUAAGUCCUAUUUUGCCUUGUCGUCCAUCUUGCGUUCUUACUGUCGCAUGUCUGCAUGCUUUCAAUCUCUGUUUUGCUCCGAUUUUCUGCUGCUGGGAUGCGAGAUAGUUGGAAUAUAGGAAGCAAUAUGUUUUUCAUCUCUCUGUAUCGUAAUCUUCCUGCUCACGUCCACGGACAUGGAUGUCAAGGUGGGUCACGUUUGCACACCACCUAUGUAGCUAGGUCGGUAUCUCUGUGCACCGCCUGUUCCUUUUACUAUUUUAGAUAGAAAAAGGAGCUUUGUUGAUGAAGAUGUUAGGUAAUUAUGGUGUCUUUGGCAACCAACAUAUUAGUUACAGGUCGUAAAUCUAGAAACCAGGUUUCAACAACACCACGUAUGAGGUGCACACAGCCAUCCUACCAAGUUCCAUUUUGUUGUCAUUUCUCUCUAAGUUCUGAAUACUUCAAAUUUCUAGUUGCAGGGCAAACUGCUUGAUCAGUUAAUAGAUGCACAACCGAACUGUUUGAAUCCUGAAUAAAAGGCCCAUUGACCAACGCCAAGGAGGAGAGGAUGUCCAGCGGCUGGCGACGUUGGGCGAUGCCGACGGCAGCGUAAUUUCGUAUAUAUGGCCGACAUCUCUAUUUUCCCUCAUUAUGUAUUCUUUCUUGGCCUCAUCUCGCUCUCCUGUCGCCCCCUCCAGGCGACGGGCGAGCGCAACCCUAGCCUCCCGCCGCCACCUCCCCACCCCCUCUGCCCGCCCCCUCGUCGCCUCCCGAGGCCGCCGCCGGCUAAGCCGUGCGCCGCCAAGGACGGGGGCGGCGAGGAUCUAUGCCUCUCGGGCCUCCCGCAUGGCCGUCUCGGAGGGAAGCCACCAUGCCGGUCCCGGAGGUCGCCGUCGUCCGCGCUGGUCCCGCACGUGGCCUGCCGCCGUCCUGCUCGCCGCCGUCCUCGUCGCGUCUGCGUCGUCCACGCCGCGCCGUCUCUCGCGCGCCAGCCCCGGCAGCGGGAUCCCGGCCGGCUUCGGCCUUCGCUGCACGGCUGCUCGUCGUCCGGCCACGGCGCGGCCUCUGCAGCUUGGGAUGGCCGCGGUUUCCGCCAGGCACGGCGCUGCCUAGUGCGCCGCCGGCGCUCGCGCGCGGGGCUCUGUUGGGCGGGCUCCUGUGGGCUCAGAUGGGCCCCUGCGGGCUCAGAUGGGCCCCUGCGGGCCCCGAUGGGCGCCCCCCAGCUCCGUUUUCUGCUUGGUGGACGGCAACAAGGCACCCUGCUCGGCGGGGCACCUCUUCUGCCAGGGCCUACGAUGGGCCUGACGAUAGACGACAGCGUUGACACUCCAGGCGAAAGCUUCGCACCAUUGGUGCCGAUGUUGGCGGUGCCCUUGGGUACCGUUUCCCCUGUUGAGGGCUUCAUCGGGGAGCUUGGUCUCCUGCUGUCGCGAGUUCUUGCGUUCUCCGGGUGAAAACCUCUGCUCUUUGGAGCGGGCGGCGGCGACACACUGUGCCGUUACCUUCUUGAAGGCGCCGCUUUUGGAGUCCGUAGUCCUCGUGGUGUGGUAGAUGUGUGGUAGUUGUGCUUGGUUGCCUUGUCGUCGAGGGUUGUGGAUGCCGGGGCGGCGGCCCCGGACGGUUGACGUGCGCCGAGGCGGCGGCCUCGGAUGGUCUUGCAGCGAUGACUCCAUGGGGUGUGGUCAUGGUCUUGCAAGGCAUGGGUGGCGUGUUCGUGCUGCGUGGGUAGCGAGCUCGUCGGCCCGGCCUACGCGACAGGGUGGUCGGUGUGGCUGGCAAGUCGGGGCGGCGGCCCCGGAUCUUUUGGCGCGGCGUUCGUGGUCUGCGGGUGGACGCCUUGGUAGCUUGGGCUACAGGUCGUCCACACCGUGCGGCGUUGCGGCUCGCCUCCGAGCAGGGGACGUCGGAGCAGCGGCUCCGGGUUUGGUGGUGUGUGUUUGGUCGUCGGUGGUCUCGUUUCGUGUGGGCGAUGAGGCCCCAACUUUUGUGCGGUUUUUUCGGCCGGUUUCCCUCAUAAACUCGGCCUCUCUGUAUGGUUUUUGGGCCCGGUUUCCCUAAUUAACUGAGCCAAAUCUUCUUCUAUUAAUAUAUCGAGCAGCUCACCUGCCGAAUUCUCAAAAAAA